AUGUCUAUUGCAUAUCGAGAGCCCAUCUCUGCCACAGUGGGAAAACGCAUGAUUUUUACAGGCCCUGAUUAUAAAAAGGAUUAUCUACCUAGAGUUCAGCAGCACACCUCCUAUGCAGGACAACUGCGUCCGACAUUAGAGAGAUCUGGAGACGUCGGCUACUUAUGGAGGCCUGCCUCCUGCGGCAGCCUCCCAGCCCAAUACAAGCACGCGUAUGUGGGUGAAGUCGGCUGGGGAAUACCAGAGUGUGAUUUUAUCAACAAAACGAGGCGCGAGAGUGGCUUUCACAUCAAGAAUAAAGAACAAAGACGAGCUGUUCUUGAUGCAAUCAGCCACAGAUACCAAAACCCAUGGCAACCCAAACCUUCUAUUAUGGACGUGCUAGGAAAAUUCAGCCGUGGCCAGAUGGCCUGGAAUACGGGUGAUUAUGAGAACACCAACCAGAGGAAUUCCAGGGGGGCCACCCUCGUUAGGCAGGCCAAGGAAACACUGCCCACAGCCUCCAGACCGCCAAAGCUGCCAAUGCCACCGAAAAAGGAGGUAUGA